CACCAUAUCCCAUCAAAGCCUCUCUCUCUCUCUGUAGCGGACGCGACACCUCAUCUUUCCCCUCUUUAAUUGUAGUGUUAAUCAGUCGAGAAACCCCACAAAGCAAAAUAAAACAAAAAGCCCCCCUGAAAAACUACUCCCUAAUGAUAGCAAUACCCAUCAUGACUAGUAUGCUACUAUCCAGCACGUCACAAACCCAAAUCUUCCACAACAACCGCACGUCCCAUCCCAUUCCUCACCUCCACCCAUACCGUACGACGUGUCUUUCCCCUCUGCCAUGUCGUCCCCGGUCGAUACGUUGCGUGGGGUCAACAGCCGUUGCAAACACUGGCAGUACUCGAGAGCUUAAGCAAGGUAUAGCAGAGCUUUACGACGAGUCCUCUGCUGUAUGGGAGGACAUUUGGGGAGACCACAUGCAUCACGGAUUCUACGACCCGGAUGAAGUAGUUUCCGGGUCGGAUUCCGAUCACCGGGCUGCUCAGUUCCGAAUGAUAGAAGAGGCACUCAGUUUUGCCGGCGUCUCUGAGGACCCAGAAAAGGGGCCAAAGACUGUGGUUGAUGUUGGGUGUGGGAUAGGAGGCAGCUCUAGGUACAUAGCAAGGAAAUUUGGAGCCAAAUGCCAAGGCAUCACACUUAGUCCCUUCCAAGCGGAGAGGGCCAAUGCUCUUGCUGAAACUGAAGGAUUAGCUGACAAGGUUUCCUUUCAAGUUGCAGAUGCAUUAGAGCAGCCAUUUCCAGAUGGACAGUUUGAUCUGGUUUGGUCAAUGGAGAGUGGAGAGCAUAUGCCCGACAAAAGAAAGUUUGUUGGUGAAUUGGCUAGAGUCGCUGCCCCAGGAGCCACAAUUGUUAUUGUAACAUGGUGUCACAGGGUUCUUGGCCCUUCUGAAGAAUCUCUUCAGCCAUGGGAGAUGAAGCAUCUUAAAAAGAUAUGUGAUGCUUACUAUCUUCCAGAUUGGUGUUCUACUGCUGAUUAUGUCAACUUACUUGAGUCCCUCUCUCUUCAGGAUAUUAAGACAGCAGAUUGGUCUCAAUAUGUUGCUCCAUUUUGGCCAGCAGUAAUUCGCUCGGCAUUGACGUGGAAGGGCCUGACAUCUCUGCUGCGCAGUGGUAUGAAAACCAUCAGAGGAGCACUGGUGAUGCCAUUGAUGAUUGAAGGAUACAAGAAGGGUCUGAUUAAGUUUGCCAUCAUUACAUGUAGAAAGCCCGAAUAAAUUUGAAGACUGCAUUCUUUAGACGCAAGAAUGGCAUCAUUCAUUACGACCGGAAUAUUUCCAUGGUUGGAAGAAAAUGAAAAGAGAAUAAGAAAGGGAAACGGGGAAAGAAUGCAGGCCAGAAUUAUAGCAUUGCCAAUGUUUCCUGGUUAGCUUCUCUCUAGCAGUUAUACUUCACGGUUGUGUAUUAAUUUAUGGAUUGCCAGGAGAAUGCAAGUGACAGUUGCUAUGGCCGGAAGGCUUCUUCUUUACUC